CGCUGCCCCUGAACAAGGCAUUGAUGGCAGCAGCGUUCGAGGAGACGUCCAUGGGCGCUCUUGUGUGGGUGCCCCACGCCGCGGAGGUGUGGAAGAAGGCGCAGAUCAUUCAGAAGGUGUCGGACACGCAAGUGGAAGUGCGGUACGUCGCGGACGGUGCCGAGUACGACCCGGAGGACGGCAUCACCAAGACGUUUGAUGUGCGGGAUAUCGCCAAACUGGCCGGCGAAGUGUCGUCGAAUGCCAUGCCGAUCUGUAACACGUUUGAAAAGCUCGGCGUGGAGGACAUGUGCACCCUUAACCACUUGCACGAACCUGCUGUGUUGAAGAACCUGCAACUCCGCCACGGACAAUUCAUCCCAUACACGUACACGGGCCAGAUCUGCAUCGCCGUGAACCCUUACAAAUGGCUCAACCUGUACCACAAGGACCUGUAUUUGCAGUACUUGAACCAACCGCGCGAUGAAUUGGCGCCGCACCCGUUUGCCCUGUCGUCGAGAGCGUAUCUUGACAUGAACGUGCAUGGAAUUGAACAGAGCAUCCUGGUGAGCGGCGAGUCCGGGGCCGGCAAGACCGAAACGGUCAAGAUCAUGAUGAACCACUUGGCGUCCAUCUCUGGCGGCGGAGACCACGGGUCGUUGGUGAUCGACCAAGUGCUCAAGUCGAACCCGCUCUUGGAAGCGUUCGGGAACGCCAAGACAAAGCGCAACGACAACAGUUCCCGCUUUGGCAAGUUUGCGCAGCUCCAGUUCAACGCGGAAGGGCUCUUGGUCGGCGCUCGAUGCGAGACGUACCUGCUCGAGAAGAGUCGCGUGGUGGGCCAAGCCGAGGGCGAGCGCAACUACCACAUUUUCUACCAAGUGUUUUCGCUGGCCCAAGAACUGAAGGCCGACUUGUUCCUGGACGGUUCCGUCGCCGACUACAACUUUGUGCAGGUCGGGGCCGGGUCCAAGGUCGACAACACGGACGACUCUGUGUUUCUGCAAGAGACCACGGUCGCGAUGGACACGAUCGGGAUUGACGCCCGCGAACAACGCGGAAUCUUUGAGAUUGUGAGCUCGAUUUUGAACCUCGGCGAAAUCCAGUUCCAGGCCGACACAACGGAGAAGUGCUCGGUCGUGACGUUGGACCACGUCGCGUCGGUGGCCAAGUUGCUCCAGACCGAAGUCGAGACGCUUAUGAGCGCGCUGACCCACCGCACGAUGGCCGCGCGCGACGAAACGUUUACGAUUCCGCUGAGCGCGGACCAGGCGGCGGAUCUGCGGGACGCGUUUGCCAAAGGGAUUUACUCCCAGUUGUUCGACUGGCUGGUCACGCGCAUCAACAAGGCCAUUUGCAGCACGAAUCGAAACGUAAAGCACCACAUUGGGCUGCUCGAUAUUUUCGGGUUCGAGUCGUUUGAUCACAACGGGUUUGAGCAGCUCUGCAUCAACUACGCGAACGAGAAGCUCCAGCAAAAGUUCAACAGCGACAUCUUCAAGACGGUCCAGACCGAGUACAUUGCGGAGGGGAUUCCGUUGGAGCUAGUGUCGUUCGAGGACAACCAGCCGAUCCUGGACUUGAUCGAAGGCCGGUCCGGCGUGAUCGACUUGUUAAAGGAAACGGGCGUCCUCGCCAAAGGCACGGACCAAAUGUUUGUGAGCAAGGUGAUUGCGGCGGCAGCCGACCACAAGAACUUUGAAAAGGUCCGGACGAACCCGAUGCAGUUCAAGAUCUUGCACUACGCGGGCGAAGUCACGUACGACGGCGCCAAGUUUCUCGAAAAGAACAAGGACACGUUGCCGGUCGACUUGUUGGACCUGCUCGCGUCGAGCGAGUCGUCGUUCAUUCGGGACGUGUUCCCAGAUCUGGCUGUCGCCCCAAAGGAUACGAAGAAGCACCACAAGCACCAUGGCGGGAAGGCCGCCCCCAAGUCCCGUAAACAGGGCGGCGGGUUCUUGGUUGGGGCCACGAUCGCCAACUCGUUCAAGAAACAACUGGGCGAACUGAUGGAACAAAUCGCCAAGACCACGACGCAGUACGUCCGGUGCAUCAAGCCGAACGCGAACAAGAGCGCCACCGAGUUUGACCGACAAAUGGUGGUGGACCAGCUGCGAUGCGCGGGGGUCAUUGCCGCGAUCCGGAUCAGUCGCGCCGCGUUCCCGAACCGACUGUCGCUGGUCGAAUUUGCCCGUCGCUUCGACGUCAUUUGUCCCGCCAAGCUCCGCAAUGGCGACCCGGUCGUGAUGGUCAUGGGCCUCUUGGAGAAGCUGCUGGGCGUCACGUCCGACUCGACGCAAAACGCCAAGUUUGCCAUCGGCAAGUCCAAAGUGUACUUUAGCUCGGGGCUGUUGCAGCAUUUGGAAGACCAGCGCGCCGUUGUCUUGCGGACCCAGGCCACGAUCAUCCAAGCACACAUGCGCGGGUUUGCUAAGCGAAAGCAGUUUUUAGCCAAGAAAGCAGCGGCCAUCUUGGCGCAGUCUGUGUUCCGCAUGCACUCAUCCCAGUGCCGCUUCCGCACUUUGAAGCGAGGUACGGUCUUGUUGCAGACCCGCGUUCGCGGAUGGGUGGCCCGCCGCAAGUUCCGUGUUGCGUUGGCCAAGGAACGUCAGCGCAAGUUAGAACUCAAGCGCGCCGCCGAAGCCAAGGCCCGUGCAGAUGCGAAAGCAGCAGCGGAAGCGGCCGCAAAGUCAGAAGCUGAUCAAAAAGCUCGUGCUGCCGCCGAGAAUGCGCUCAAGAUCUCUAUGAUCAACGACGAUGAACCUAUCGACACCAGCUCCGAAGGCAGCGACGGAGAACGCAUGUCUGCAGGAUCGCAGAGCAUUCUAGCGUCCGCGGCCGCCCGUGUCGCUGAAGCCGAAGCUGCUGCCAUGGAAGCCCAGAAGGCUGCCAUGGCGGCACUCACGCACAACCGAGUCAUCCAAGCCGAGAACGAGGCGCUGCGGGCCAAGAUGGCGGCGUAUGUCGCCGAACAUGCCGAUGCUGAUCUGUUGCGUGAAAACGAACGGCUCAAGCACCAAGUCCUUACGUUGCAGAGCAAGUUGGUGCGGGCGCAGGAAGUGUCGUUGAUCUCGGCCAAAGUAGUGGACAGCCGCAUGACGUUCCGCGAAGGCCGGCAGUUUGUCGAGUACAAGCUCCAGAUCGAAACCAACAACCGCGGCACGCUGUUCCUCUGCAUCAACUACGCGAACGAGAAGCUCCAGCAAAAGUUCAACAGCGACAUCUUCAAGACGGUCCAGACCGAGUACAUUGCGGAGGGGAUUCCGUUGGAGCUAGUGUCGUUCGAGGACAACCAGCCGAUCCUGGACUUGAUCGAAGGCCGGUCCGGCGUGAUCGACUUGUUAAAGGAAACGGGCGUCCUCGCCAAAGGCACGGACCAAAUGUUUGUGAGCAAGGUGAUUGCGGCGGCAGCCGACCACAAGAACUUUGAAAAGGUCCGGACGAACCCGAUGCAGUUCAAGAUCUUGCACUACGCGGGCGAAGUCACGUACGACGGCGCCAAGUUUCUCGAAAAGAACAAGGACACGUUGCCGGUCGACUUGUUGGACCUGCUCGCGUCGAGCGAGUCGUCGUUCAUUCGGGACGUGUUCCCAGAUCUGGCUGUCGCCCCAAAGGAUACGAAGAAGCACCACAAGCACCAUGGCGGGAAGGCCGCCCCCAAGUCCCGUAAACAGGGCGGCGGGUUCUUGGUUGGGGCCACGAUCGCCAACUCGUUCAAGAAACAACUGGGCGAACUGAUGGAACAAAUCGCCAAGACCACGACGCAGUACGUCCGGUGCAUCAAGCCGAACGCGAACAAGAGCGCCACCGAGUUUGACCGACAAAUGGUGGUGGACCAGCUGCGAUGCGCGGGGGUCAUUGCCGCGAUCCGGAUCAGUCGCGCCGCGUUCCCGAACCGACUGUCGCUGGUCGAAUUUGCCCGUCGCUUCGACGUCAUUUGUCCCGCCAAGCUCCGCAAUGGCGACCCGGUCGUGAUGGUCAUGGGCCUCUUGGAGAAGCUGCUGGGCGUCACGUCCGACUCGACGCAAAACGCCAAGUUUGCCAUCGGCAAGUCCAAAGUGUACUUUAGCUCGGGACUGUUGCAGCAUUUGGAAGACCAGCGCGCCGUUGUCUUGCGGACCCAGGCCACGAUCAUCCAAGCACACAUGCGCGGGUUUGCUAAGCGAAAGCAGUUUUUGGCCAAGAAAGCAGCGGCCAUCUUGGCGCAGUCUGUGUUCCGCAUGCACUCAUCCCAGUGCCGCUUCCGCACUUUGAAGCGAGGUACGGUCUUGUUGCAGACCCGCGUUCGCGGAUGGGUGGCCCGCCGCAAGUUCCGUGUUGCGUUGGCCAAGGAACGCCAGCGCAAGUUAGAACUCAAGCGCACCGCCGAAGCCAAGGCCCGUGCAGAUGCGAAAGCAGCAGCGGAAGCGGCCGCAAGGUCAGAAGCAGAAGAAAAGGUUCGGGCCCUGCACCAAGCCGAAGCUUCACGUCUCCAAUCAAACCAAGCAGAUGAAGAUGAACCAGUCGACACCAGCUCCGAAGGCAGCGACGGAGAACGCAUGUCUGCAGGAUCGCAGAGCAUUCUAGCGUCCGCGGCCGCCCGUGUCGCUGAAGCCGAAGCCGCAGCUGUGGAAGCCCAGAAGGCUGCCAUGGCGGCACUCACGCACAACCGAGUCAUCCAAGCCGAAAACGAAGCGCUGCGGGCCAAGAUGGCGGCGUAUGUCGCCGAACACGCCGAUGCCGAUCUGUUGCGUGAAAACGAACGACUCAAGCACCAAGUCCUUACGUUGCAGAGCAAGUUGGUGCGGGCGCAGGAAGUGUCGUUGGUGUCGGCCAAAGUCGUCGACAGUCGGUUGACGUUCCGCGAGGGCCGGCAGUUUGUCGAGUACAAGCUCCAGAUCGAAACCAACAACCGCGGCACGCUGUUCGUGUGGCAUCGAUACAGCACGUUUCGAAACCUGGCAACGACGCUCCAGACCAAGAACGGAUACCGCCGCAAGGACAUCCCGGACUUGCCCAACAAGCAACUGUUUGGGUCGUUGCUAUCGGACAGAUCGAUCCAAGAACGUAUCGACAAGCUGAACCAGUUCCUUGAAGCGGCGACCAACACAGACUACCUGCAGUGGGGCAUCCGCGUCGACCAGGACACAUGCGUGUACAAGCGCCGCACGCGGAGCUCGUCUGGCGCUGAACGAGACUCCAUGUCGGUGCGUGGCACAGACGUGCGAGACAGCAUGGUGUCCACCGUCGCGUCGUCAUCGGAUAUGCAGUCUCCGCGCGACUCGUCUCGACAGUCUGUGUCGUUGCGUGAAUCGAUCUUUGGCCGUCGCAAGUCGUAAAACAAAACUCUAGGUGGACACGUAUCGUUUUAAUCAAGGCAGUGUAGUAUCGUCAA